UGUGCAUCAGUCCGAAAAGAGACCUUCAUUGAAAAUGUUGUCUGUAACGCACACGGUUUUUCUAAUGGUCGCUGCAACAAUAUCGAAUCCAUUCCCAGACACACAAGCAUCGAGGAUAGACGAGUUGGACAUCCCGCUCGUAGUGCGUAAUAAUACCGGACCGAUCGAUCUAUCUUGCGUUUAUUACGUCGGAUCGGACGAGAACGGCCUCGUGAUAAAGUGGUACCACAACAUGGACCAAAUUUACCAAUGGAUACCGCCAAUGCCGCCUCAGGACGCGGGAGUUAUAAACGGAUUGGCCGAGUAUCCCGAUGAGAAUCUGAGGCAUCCCAAUUUGAGAUCAGUCAUCCGUUUGAAAACUAUCACCGCGCAGAUGAGCGGGGAAUACACGUGCACGAUCAGUACCUUUCAAGAAACCAACUCAAAGAGAUCGCGAAUGAUCGUUUACGUGCCGGAAACGGACGCAACAAUCUACGUUUCGUCCUACAACGACACCCAUAUGAAUCUCACGUGCGUGGCGAACGGAGCACAACCGCGACCGAUUCUGAAAUUUUACAUCGAAGGAUUAGAGGCUGUUGAUUAUUACGACAGAACAGAGGAAACAAAAUGGUACAGAAAAGAUCUAUCCGUGAAACGCACGGCGUUAAUUAGGAACACUUUCGAUCCGAUUUUACUGGACUGCGAGAUUUCUAUACCGCGCACGAAUUACAAACGGAGGGAAAGGAUCGUCUAUUACCCCGUUGAAUCUUUAUUGCAAACGAGCACCGCGACAAGACAUCAAAUAAUAUCUUCCAACACCCACGCCGGCAUCGUCGUCUUAUGCAUAUUAUUAUUGUUAUUGCCUUACUAACAUUUGAUGUUAAUAUUUUAAUAACGCAUAAUCUCGUUCCCCCCUUCGUACUUCUUUUUUACUUAAAUAGGUUCUUUAGAUCCCUUACCGAUUUUUUCAACAAAGUUGGUUCAAACUGACUGACGGACUCGUCUAAUAGUAAUGGUAUUUCGACUUGGAAAUUUCACUGAAUAUUAUAUCAAGGCAGAAAAUGCGAUUGCGUAUGCGUUAAGGAUGAAGGAGGCGACAGUGGCUGGUGGGGGUCUAUAUCUUGG